AUGGAAAUCAACAAAGAUGAUGUGGACAAUAAUAUAAGUCAAAUAGAACAGUUGGAACGUCAAUGGGAGGAGGAGCAAAAUCGUUUAGCAGCGUGUGUAAUAUGCGAAAAUCCUGAGUUAGAAGAUAAAAUACGUAACCAUUCUUUGGAACGAAUUGGUGGAUUGGAUAUUAGCUAUAGUGGUGAUGAUGAUGAUACGGCAGUGGGCUGCCUUGUCGUAUACAAUCCUCAAACGCAGAAAAUCGUUUAUUCUGACCUCCAAACCUUUACGAUCUCCGUUCCCUACAUUCCAGGGUAUCUCGCUUAUCGCGAAAUGCCCAUCUAUCGUUCUCUUUUAACGAAACUAAAACAAAACCACAACGAACUCUUUCCAGAAGUGAUUUUGGUUGAUGGCCAGGGGCGACUCCAUCCUCGUCAUUGUGGCUCUGCGUGUGUCGUUGGACUUGAAUUUGGCUGUCCGACGAUUGGAGUAGGGAAAAACAUGUUUUGUGGAGGAUCGUUCGUUCAAUCAGGAAAGAAGCCUGUAGUUUUGGAUGGCGCGUGCGACGUUUGCUCAGAUAUCCACGAGUUCCACCUUGGGAUGUAG